AAGGGGCAGAAUACUCAACCAUUUCUGUCUGUAAACAUUGGGAAGCUGGGCAUAAGGACAGGAGGGAAACCAGACCAGAAAAUCUGGAGAUGGCUAACAGGGGACCAAGCUAUGGUUUAAGCCGAGAGGUGCAGGAGAAGAUCGAACAGAAGUAUGAUCAGGACUUGGAGAAUAGACUAGUGGACUGGAUUAUUCUGCAGUGUGGAGAGGACAUAGAACAUCCAUCCCCUGGCCGGACCAAUUUUCAGAACUGGUUAAUGGAUGGGACGGUGCUGUGCAAGUUGAUAAAUAGUUUACACCCAACAGGACAAGAGCCAAUCCCAAAGAUCUCAGAGUCAAAAAUGGCUUUCAAGCAGAUGGAGCAAAUCUCUCAGUUUUUAAAGGCUGCUGAAAUCUAUGGAGUCAGAACCACAGAUAUUUUUCAGACUGUGGAUCUAUGGGAAGGGAAGGACAUGGCUGCUGUGCAGAGAACCUUGAUGGCACUAGGCAGCUUGGCGGUCACAAAGAAUGAUGGCUGCUACAGAGGAGAGCCAUCAUGGUUUCACAGGAAAGCUCAGCAAAACCGAAGAGGGUUUUCUGAAGAGCAGCUUCGCCAAGGACAGAAUGUAAUAGGCCUACAGAUGGGCAGCAACAAAGGAGCAUCUCAGUCGGGCAUGACUGGGUAUGGGAUGCCCAGGCAGAUCAUGUAAAACAUUUGAUUCCUCUUCCCCUAGAGAGAGGAUGAAAGGUUCACGCAUGAUCUCUGCUGAAAAAAAAAAAAAGAAAAAAGAUGUAGUUAGUC